AUGCAUCAUAUACCACCUAUGUUGGAUUUCGAUACAACUCGAAUAGCUUCACGAGUAGAACGUCGUCGCCAACAAAACAGAUUGAACCAGCGUGCUCGUCGUUUCAGGAAGAAAGUACAAAAUGCAAAACCAGAAAGUGCAGAAGCCAGCAAUGAGCUUAGGAGUAGUCCGUAUGGGAUUUUGGUCCCGUCAUCAUCCCGAUGUACUACUAUUCAAGUGACGACCAACUUCGAUCAACCAGCAGCGGUACUACCCAAUUUGCAUAUACCAAACUACAUCGUCCUCACGCAGCUCAAUGUGUGGCAAGCGACACUUAUUAACAGUUUGAUCUUGGGAAUCUCGCAUUUCUUCACUGACGAGGAUGAUGCCGAUAAUAACAAUGACAGUCUAACUGAGAUCGAGGACCUCUCAUACCUUCCGCAUUAUCUCUCACCUCCAUCUCCGAAGGACUCUUUAUCGUCAUCGUCAUUACGAUCUCCGACAAAGACGAUUCCUCCGUCCCUUAGGCCCACAACACUUCAACAAACAAUCCCCCAUUACCCCUGGAUUGAUCUGAUACCUUUGGCUGGCUUACGCGACAGCUUGAUCCGCGCAGGCCCCAGGCUUGAGGUACAUGAUUUCUGCAUGGAUAUUAUGGGAGACAUGUUCCAUACACAGCCACUGGAUCAUAGCGGCAGUGCUGCAUCUCAGGGCGGAUUGCUUGUCUGGGGUGACUCGUGGUUGAUCGAGUCAUGGGAAAUGACGGAGGUAUUUGUGCAGAAAUGGGGCUGGUUACUGGAUGAGGGAUGCGAGGAGAUUGUGAAGGCAACAAAUCGGUGGAGAGAAGGGAGGGGGGAGGACGAAUUAGUUGUUAGAUCGUGA